AUGGUGAAGACAGACUUGAGUGAUGAAGAAUGUGAUAAGAUGCUGGACAAUGAGAAAGAGGAGGAAGAAGAGGUGAAGAAGAAGGUUUCCCCCAAGAGAGGAAGCUUUGGCCUUCGUGUUGCUUUACAGUUUCCCACCAGGAAGUCAUCUGAGAAAAAAGUGCCUGAACAGGCUUUGUCUGAUUUACCUCCAAAGGACAGUGAAUCCCUCACACCUGUUUCAAAAGAAAUAAGCCUCAAGCGUUCGGACAAAGUAGACGGCUCUGCUUCAGAGUCUGAAGAAGACAGUAAAGAAACACAGGAGGAAAGUUCCAGUGCACUGCUUAAGAGAGCCAUAAAUAUUAAAGAAAAUAAAGCCAUGCUUGCCCAGCUGCUGGCAGAACUGAAUUCCAUACCGGACCUCUUCCCAGUGAAAACGCCCAGCUCGACUCCUUCAAAACAGAAGAAAACCCCAAGGAGGACAUUUUCUGAAGGCCAGAUAACACGUCGGAUGAACCCAACCAGAAAUGCUCGUCCACCAGAAAAAUUUGCCUUGGAAAAAUUUACUAUGUCGGCUGUCAAAUUCGCAGAACACAUCCGUAGCUGCAGACAACAAAACCUCUUGAAGAGACUCAGUGUGCAGGGGGAUUGUGGAGUACGCAAAAGAAGGAGAUCAUCUAAGUAUUCGUCUCAUCGUCCAGUAGAAGACAUAACUGAGGAGGACUUGGACAACAUUGCAAUCACUGUUAGAGACAAAAUCUAUGACAAAGUUCUAGGUAGUACUUGCCACCAGUGCCGACAGAAGACAACUGAUACAAAGACAAUCUGUCGCAACCAGGGCUGUGGAGGGGUUAGGGGGCAGUUCUGUGGACCAUGUCUUCGAAAUCGAUACGGUGAAGAUGUGAAGUCAGCUCUGCUUGAUCCAGCCUGGAUCUGUCCUCCCUGUCGCGGGGUGUGCAACUGCAGCUACUGCCGCCGGCGGGACGGGCGCUGUGCCACCGGCAUGCUCAUCCACCUGGCCAAGUUCUAUGGCUACAAUAAUGUCAAGGAGUACCUGGAAAGUUUACAAAAACAACUGGCGGAUGACAGCUGAGAACACUUAUCUCAAGCGGUGCCUGCAACUGGUUAAUAUGUUAACAGUUUUACUUCAGAGGUUUAUUACUAUGUUUUAUAUAAAAUAGAAUUGUAGCAUAUAGCAUAUUCAUUUCUGUAUUGGGAACUUUUUGAUUGAUAUGGUCUUAUGCAAAAGGUCGCUCAGGAAAAUGUUGUGGUAGAGAAAUCUACAUGCAC